GGGGCCGUGCGUCAGAUCUGACAGUGUCCAGGUGACAAGUGCCAGACCUCACAGACUUCCAAGUCUCACAACCGAUUCAAUAUAUUUAGGGUACGAAGCUCUCCUUUCCGCAUAUAUUCCUUAGUAAUGGAGCUCUCUCAGCUGGAAUCCCAAUACAACUGGCGCAGGUCCGUCUUCGGCAUGCGCGAAGAAACUUUUGAGAAGCCAUGGAACUGCAACUACAAUGGCCCUACCGAUCCUGUCCUGCUCUUCCACUGGAUAUUAUCCCUGGAUCUGCCCAUGUUGGAGGACGAGACACCGCCCCCGAGUUUCUAUUACGACUUGGUGGAGACGCAGGACAUUGAGCUGGACCGAAGUGUCUACAGCGGAAAGCUUCUCGUGACCCUCGGCAGUCAGACAGUACAGCGAGGAGUUCCGAGGCAGGAGUUCCCGAGUCCGAUACCCUGGACACCGGAGGACUCGCAGCCGUCGACAUCGCGAGGCAUUAAGCCGUUAUCAGCUGGCGCAGCUGAAGAUAAAGUAACAUCACCUUCUGCAAACAAGGUACAGAUGCCAGAACACCCUAUGUCUGGAGAACCUGGCCCUUCUGAUGACACAAUGUCCUCCUAUUCCGGAGACACCAUUUGCGUACUACCUUCACCCAGAGAUGGCAAGCCCCCAAUGUUGGUGGAAACUGGCACUGGUCCCGACGAGGCACACCAGCCCAUGUUGGCGGAAAUCGGAACUUGCACCGAUGAGGCAUAUCGCCCCGAGUGGGUGGAAGCGACUUCUGGGUCCGAUGCAGUUGCCACAGAGGAUCUAGGACCGACAGCGAACCCUCAGUCGCUGGGCUUCUUCAUUAAGACGGCCAUCCUGACGAUCUCCGUGCUGCACACCCUGUACGUGCUGUCCAAGAUCGCCUUCGGGCCCUUCAUUGCCUAUGGCUGGGAGACCUGGGUUGCGCCUCCGCCGCCCAUCGAGGAGAAACCCCUGUUCUUUCCCGCCAGCAUUUGGCAGCUCGUGCUCGACAAGUUGGCGGAGCUGCGUUCCCUAUUCGCCUAACUCCGCUCCUGGGAUCGCCAGCACAGAUAGUUUCGAUCCGAGCGGGCUAUUUAUAAACCCAUCGCGCUAUUUUUACGCCUCGUCGAGACUCAGCUGCGGCACCAGUUGCAUCCACAGUUCCAGUCGGUUCCUUCGCCGCCGACACCCACUGUCCAUUGUUGUUGUUCCCGUUGUCGGCGACGCCGGAGAUUACGAGUAACACGGAGUGCCCGAAUAUUCGGACGGCUGGUGCUGUGUACCCAAGACACUAGCGAUAAGCCUCGGAACCUACACGAAUCUCGGUCAAUAGCUCGCCGAUCCGAACAAAUCCAUAGUCAAAUAAAUACCCAGCUGAGUCCCCGA